ACGCCCGUAGAGAGAGAGAGAGAGAGAGAGAGCGGUGAAUAUUUUUUUUUUUUUUUUUUUUUUUUUUGUAUUUUUUUGAUCGGUAAAAUCAUUUUACAAUUACAAUUCCCAAAGAGAUUCAGUUAUCUGUUCGUCCACUUCUCCAGCCACAGAUCUAUCCACCCAUCCACCCACACACCCACUCAUUUCUCCCAUCCAUGCACCUACCUGCUCACUAUAGAAAUGGGUUAUGAUACUACGGUUACUUGGUAGACACUAUAAAGCUUAUUUUAGUCUCUCCGCUAAUUUUAUAACACGCCGUUUUCUUUACCCUUGCACGUUGAGGAUACUCUCUGAGCAACACAGCAGACACUGUGCCGGCACGGAAGAGAACCGAUGUACACAGCAUCUCCCGAUAUUCUUGGAGACAUAACCAGUUAAUUGAGUUUACUACAUAAGUUUCUCCAACGCGAAUCAGCAAUGAGCACACUCGUGCAGAUGGUGGCCGCGGAAAGCGUGGGUCUCGCGCUGCUGUGGGUGACGGUGGCAGUGCUGCAUAUAUCCGCACUUAUCGCAGGGUUCCUGGACCUCGACGUCAUGUUUCAUUUUGUUAUUGCGUUUACCAGUUAUCUGGUCAUCACGCACCUCUUGCUUAACGGAUGGCUCGUGCGCAUAUACUGGGAUAAAAUAAGCCGGUCAAAGGCAGUAUUACUUUAUGUCACAUUCACCAUUCCUCUUUACUUGUUGUUGUUCCGCGUCCGGCAUGCUGUGGCCGCCUUUCGUGGAAAGAACCAGGUCGUGGCUCGGCGGGAGGCUCUGAAAGCCAGGUACGCCACCUCUAUCGAAAACAGUGCCGUCGUGGAAUUCCCAUCUUUAAGUGCGGCAGUGCGUCGCGCGAGCUGCGUUCCUCUCAGCACUGAAAUGUCGACGAAUGGCUCCCAAGGCGACAGUGAAGUCCCUCUUAGUUCGUGGGUCGUCACAGAAACAAACGUGGAUGCCGGCAGCAAGUUGAUCAAGAUGAGCUCCGACGACGUAGGGGUGAGGGAGCCGAAUAGCUUUUCGCAUCUUUUCAUGAGUGAUUUAUCCGAGCUCGUCGCCGGCAGGAAGACGCUCUCAUUCCACUUCGUCUUGAAUGCGAAUAACGACAUCAUCCACGUCUCGAAGACCAGCACCCUGCCCAACGGACUGCCAGACCGGGUUCUCAGCCUAAGUCCUCUCACAGUUUGCAAUGAUACCCAUUACUUGAUCAACCUCAGCCAAGGCACUGGGUAUGAGGUUGUCGCUAUAGCAGCGAGAAAUGAAAAAUCCUGUGUUACUGUUACACAGGCUAACUAUUCAUCAUUUAUAUGGUGUUUUACACUGUACAGCACCGCCCUCUUGGUCUAUGGACUGCUAGUGAACUUAAGUUAUAACGGCAGAGCCACCGGGUUGUAUCACGCCGGCUGGAUGUUCACAGCCGCCGCCUGGUUCCUCACGUGCCGGGGUGUGGACGAGCCUUGGACUGACACCUUCGCCAAGAUACCGCUGCGGUUGUGUUUCACCGUAUGCCGAAUCGUUCUGAUGUGUGCCGUCGCCUUGGGCGGGCUGGGCAACGUCGCCAUCAUGUACCUGAGCGCCAAAGCAGCGGGAUAUCUCGCCCUGGUCGGGGAGUUAGUCUACAAGAAUCUCAGAAGGAAUGUGCGUCUUUGGGGCGACGUCGUGGACCGGUAUUUCUUCGACAAGACUUUGGUGAUGAGCUACCAAGGGGGCGAGAGCGUCGUCUGCUGCGGUUGGGCCAUUUGGUGUCACGUCUGCCAGCCCUCCGAGCAUAGCCUCGCCCUGCUCGUCGCUGUGUUGCUGGGCCAGGCUGCUGGGAUGAUUUACCUGAACUUCGUGAGAAGGUUUCUGAAAGAGCCCUUCAAGAAUCCUGUGCGCAUCCUUAUGAUGGCGAAGGACAGACUGAAUGCAGCGGAGAAAAGUAUCUGAUAUAUUUAAAGAAAAUUCGUGUGUCUUCAUAUUUGCUUACUUAGUUGUGCAGUGUGUGUAAGGUACAUAGGUAACUACAUUGUCAGUAAGUAUGGACUUGUACAUAAGAACUUUUAUACUCUUUAUCACCCAAGGAAUAUCGGCAAAGUUUCCUUAGUAAUGUAAAUAGGUCUUGUAAACAUAAUUGGGUCAAUAUGUAGAAGAGGGUAGUGGGUUAUUUUCGAAACAAUUUUGAUAUUUUUCUGCAUGAAGUCCACUGCUUUCAACGAUUCUAGACAUUGUUACUGCCUGUAAUGAACUCAAGUCGUUUUACUUAACUAUUUGGUAUUUGUUACCGAGAGCGAAGCACCCACAAGAGACGAAAUCCUAAAGCCA